UCUUUUUUCUUUUCCGAUGGAACUUUUGAUAAACUAAAGAAACAGAACAAAGAAAAGCAAAUCCAUAUUCGCGAGAUUAAAAUCUUUACCCUUGGAACGUCCCGACCCCAACCCAACACACAAUCUCAUCUCCUUGUGUAAUCGAUUGAAAUCAGGCAACGUCGAAUUAUUAGCAAAAACUAAUCUCGAAAAAUGUCGUUAGGGCAAAAGGGUUCGGGGGAUCCUGGUGCGAUGCUCACUUCUCUUUUGAACAAGCGAGAGAAGCUUCGACAAGACUUACGGAGCAUCGAGAAGCAGGUUUAUGAAUUGGAGACAAGCUAUCUUCAAGAAUCGAGCCAUAUAGGAAAUGCCUUGAAGGGUUUCGAAGGCUUCCUUUCUUCCUCCAAAAGCACUGCCAGUGCUAAGAGGUCAAGAAAGUUUCAGCCUGAAGACAGAGUCUUCUCAUUAUCCUCAGUCACCUCACCUGCUGCUGAGGAACUUGGUGUUGGAAGAGAAGAUGGACGAGCUGAAUUGGGCCCAGGGAGAUCCAAGGGUGGAUUGUCCACAGGACAGGGAAAACCGAAGAAAGGGAGAGGACACGGAGUGGCAAGAGAUGCAAAGAGAAACAGACCAUCUACAGAACCAGAUUAUGAUGAUGAAGAUGAUCCAGAUACCAGUAUAUAAAACUAUAUAUGGUCUCAAGAGUCCAUAAGUCCAUUAUUAAUUCAUGGAAGGAUGUAAAGAAGGCAGCUUUAGGAAUGUGAGAGUGGAAUUAGUUGGCAUGCAUCAUCAUAUGAUUCAUUGUUUGUGAUGGAAGCUUUAAAUAGAAUUUGCUCUUCUGGGUCCAACUUUAGUUGUCCUUUCCCUUUUUUUGCCUCUUUGUAUUUUACCUUUUUAAUAAGAAGAGAAAGGGAAACUCUUUUGCCAAUAAAAAUGACAUAAAAUCUGGCAAGAAAAAAAAAACACUUCUUGAAUAUAUAUGUAAGAAGAAACUGUUUAUACAUUAACAUUAAUCAAGAAUGAUCUUUAACCACCUCAAGCGUACAUUACCACUUCUUGAAUAUAUGUGAGCCAUAUGUAUUCACAAUACAUCAGAAAAAAAAAGAAAAAAAAAAUUAACACUUGAAAUUAUCCAAAUUUUAAUAAAGAAGAAAGAACGAGAACACGAAGUUACUCAGAAAAAUUCAAUCAAUCCUUUCAAGAUAAGAACAUGAAGACAGGCAUGAAACCAUGAUUAGCGAAAUUAAUCAAGCACUUCGUUUUAACCUUUCUUGAAACUCAAGAAACGACCUUUCCUUCUCCAUCUUCAUACUUUCUUUAAACUUGUAGAUGAACUCGUCGGCUCUCUCGUCAACCCUCAAAUGCGGCGA